AUGGCCUUAUUCAGCUGCUGCAAGUUCCAUGCCAGGAGCUGCUUCAUGUUAUUACUGUGUAUAACCUUUACCGUGUCAGUCACUUACUACAUCCAGUUGCCCAAUGACUGGAUCAGCAGUGUUUCUGAUAAUAUCUACUCUUACUACAGAAAUCUAACAGUACACUCACCUCCUCGACCAAGACACAUGCAAACCACAGACCAGAGAACUACAGCCGACAGCACACCUGCAGUAAUGAGUGUGACCAGCCAUGCAAAUACCGAAGUUACUGAAGGCUUAAUGAGCACUGUUGCACCCACGCCUUACAAUGCAGCAUACCCACAAAACUACCACUUCAUUCUGGAUGAGCCAGAAAAGUGUAAGCAGGAGAACCCGUUUCUGGUCCUCAUGGUCCCAGUGGCUCCACAUGAACUGGAGGCUCGUAAUGCCAUCCGGAGCACGUGGGGUAACGAGACCGUGGUCCAGGGCAAAACCGUCACGGUGCUGUUUCUAGUUGGCCUGCCUGGAAUCAAGGCUGAGAAGCAACAGGAGGAGCUGAACCUGGAGAGCCAGAAAUACCACGACCUGAUCCAGAGUGACUUCAUGGACACCUACCUCAACCUGACCGUAAAGACCAUGGUCAUCAUGGAUUGGCUGGCCACACGUUGCCCUCAGGCAGCCUACUCAAUGAAGGUCGACUCUGACAUGUUCCUGAAUCUGGACAACAUGAUGAACUUGCUGCUGGCACCUGAAACCCCCAGAAUAAACUACAUCACCGGGAUGGUUAUGUGGAGCCAGCCAGUCAUCCGGGACCCAGCGUCCAAGUGGUACGUUCCAAAGGAACUCUACCCGGAGGACUACUACCCAACCUACCUUCUAGGAAUGGGCUACAUCUUUUCCAAUGACCUUCCAAAGAAGCUCGUUGAAGUUUCAAAGGACAUUCAGCCAUUCAACAUAGAGGACGCAUAUGUGGGCGCCUGCCUAAAAAAAUUAGGCAUUGCACCCUCCACCCCUCCCAAUCCCUCACAGUUUAAAGCCUACUUUAACGGGAACUAUCAACGGGAAGAGUUUCAAAGAGUGAUCACCACCAUCCUUAGCUCUCCACAGCAGCUGAUCAAAUUCUGGCAGGACUCAAUGAGGCCAACAUGA